AUGGCUUCCCGUGGAGUUUCUGUACUCAAGUUCGUCGGGACUGUCUCCCUGGGCCUUUUAACUGGUCUUUCCUACACGCUAGGGACUGUGUCGGCACCGGCCCUUUUGGCAUUAAACUCAUCCGAGAACGCCGCACCCGCCUUCUACUCCCUUUCGGCCUCGGCCCGCCGGCAGCUUGGGGCCCUGACCGCUGCUUCGGCCACGACUUUUGCGCUCGCUCUGAUCGCAUCUCCCCGCUACUUCCGCCACCCCUACCUCCUCUACACCUCGGUGCUCGCGGUCCUGUCGGCCGGUGCCGCCUCUGAAAGGUUCAACCCGUACCUGCGAACCGCCCCGCGUCCCCUGCCGAGGUCCAACCCCGACCAAGCUGCACGCCGCGAACGCGCCGCCCGGGCUCGCAUGGAGGCCAGCUACGAGGUCCUGAGCACCGACGUCCACAGCGACGGCACCAGCGGCGACGAGCUUCCCGAGGAGGAACCUGUGAACCUGAACGGCGAGACGGUCCGCGCCGACGUCGAGACCUUUAUCAAGAAGCAGAUGGUGCGUACCGGUGUCGCGGGUGUGGGAUUCCUCGUCGCCGUCCUGGGUAUUUGGGGCGACGGAGCUGUCCGUCCUCCCGUCUACCGCUACUAA